AUGUCAACAGGAGAACAAGAUUUAGAAAUUUACUUGGAAUUUGCUAUUAAACUCGCUCAACAAUGCGGUCAAAUGAUCCUGGAUGCUUCGAAAGCGAGAUAUUCUACAGAUAGCAUGGUCUAUGGGAAAUCUGGGAAUCCUGCGGAUUUGGUAACCGAGACCGAUAGAUUGGUUGAGGAAUUAAUAAAAUCGAGUUUGAAGGAACGCUUCCCAGAACAUGGAUUUAUUGGGGAAGAACAUACGGCUGCGGGACAUAAACAUGAAUUCAAGGACGAACCUACUUGGAUUGUUGAUCCAAUAGACGGAACCACAAACUUUGUUCACGGAUUCCCUUUUGUCGCAGUCUCGAUUGGUCUAACUGUCAAAAAAGAGCCGGUAGUCGGUGUUGUGUUUAACCCUUUCCUUAACCAACUUUUCACAGCACGAAAAGGUCAUGGUGCAUUUCUCAAUUUAACAACCCGAUUGCCAUUGUCCUACCCAAAUCCUCCACUUCGCUUGCCAUCCAAUAUUUCGCAAUGUCUCGUACUAACAGAAUAUGGCAGCGAUCGAUCAUCGGUAACUAUCGGGAAAAAAGUUAAUUCUGUACACAGUUUGUUAUCAAAACCAGGAAAUGUUACAUGGAGCGAAAAGAAAGCAGGAUUCGUACGUGGGAUCAGAAGUAUGGGUAGUGCCGCGUUGAACAUUUGUUGCGUAGCGCAAGGUUCAAUUGAUUUAUAUUACGAAGUUGGAUGUUGGGAAUGGGAUGUGACCGCAGCACUGGUGAUUUUAAAUGAGGCGGGGGGCUACACAACAAGUAGUCAGGGUCCUGAUGAGGGUCCAGUAAAUAUUUUUGGUCGUAAAUAUUUAGCAAUACGUAGUGGAUCUCCUUGCGAUGGAGACGAGAAUACCAGGCAAAGUCAGUUGCGUCUCAUUAGAGAGAUGUGGGGUGUUAUUGAGGAAAUUGAUUGUCCAAGAUCUUGA